AUGUCUCAUUCGUCUGGUCCAACGCAUCCUUCAACUGAAGCCCAUAAUGCAACAAGUUAUUCACACAAAAAAACUGUUGAACAAUUCGCUGAUGCCGUUAAUGGAAAUCAUUUACAUAAUCUUGAUAAAUUUCUUGAUGCUAAUGUACAAAAAACUAUCGAUUCUCAAGUCGUUUAUAAAGAUUUAAAAGAAGCUCAAGAUUAUUACACAAAAGAACAUGCAAAUAAUAAAUCAGCUCAUUGGAAAAUUAUUCAUUUUCCCGAUGGUGAUCAAAAAGAAAAUACAAUUCGAGCUCGACUUACCUAUGAUAAUAAAACAUACAAUACAACAUAUACAUUUUCAACAUCCGGAAAAAUUCAACGCAUCGAUACUACGCUUGAUGCGAACCAAAAUACGACAAACAUUCAUCAUUAA